AACAUUUUAGCGUUUAGAAUUGUGUAGUAUGCGUAUGGAAAGCCUGACAUUGUGAAGUAUAACAGACAGACAUACUUAGAGAUAAGUUCUCAGAAAUCGCCGUUAGAAUUCCCACCAUUGCUAUACUACGGAGGUACGUAACGAUUUUGUAACCUUUGCUGAUUUGCGGGGGAUAUUAUUCGUAGGCUGAUUUUGUCAAAAUAUGAAGAUAAUUUUUGUAAUUUUUAGUUGAAUUUUUUUUAUCACAACGCUAUAUAAUAGGAUAUGUUUCUCUAAUAGUGUCUGAUAAAGAAUUUAAAUCUAGAAUCGAACGAAUAGAGAGUGGAAGGAAUCGAGGCCCCGAUUGAAAGAGAUAGAUGGCGAUCGAAAAGCAAGCAUAUGCGCCACCGGAGUUAAAAAAAAUCCGAUUUCAAAAGAUGAAGUUUUUAUAAGACUAGGAAUACACUUUAUUCCGCUGGUUAAAAUACACGCUAUUCGAUAAAAUAGCCGUAAAUUUUUUUUUCGCAUUGCAAUUUCGGCAAUAUUUUUAUGAUAAGAAUAAAAAAACGAGUAUUUUCAGUGAGGUGGCAAAUAUGCACGAUCCUCGCCUGUUAGUUAGCUAUUUCGAUCGGGAUUUGUCAUUUCUGUAAUUACCGAAACCUACUUCAAAGUAUAGCUCUUAUUGUUAGACGAGCUACUUGAAGUGAAUUGAACUAUUACUACUUGAACUACAUUAAUAAAAAUACUAAUCCAAAAAGUAAACGUAAGUUCAUCGAUAUAAAAACGUUGAACAGAUAAUACGGGACAUUUGAUUAACCAUAAAUCAGUGAAAGCACGGUGACUUAUUUCAAUAAAAAAUACCAUUUCAAAUGCAAUUUAUGGAUGUUAAAUCUCAAGGUUUAGAUGACAUCCCUCAUUGAAUAGUAGCUUUUGGUUUGCUUUUAAGUCUAUAGCGGCACAUGUCUAGACGAAUCGGCAAAUAUGACAAGUAGUCCUGCUUUUGUCAAGUUUUCUUGGAAUGUUGUAAGUGGUUCACGUUAUACGGCAAAAUACUACAAUAUUGAGGUAAUUGUAAUAAUGCAGCGUGUUCUGAAUUUUUCAGUACUGUACCACGGCAUAGGUUUCAAAUAGUUUUGAGUUGCUGCAAUCAAUUUAAAUAGUGAAUUGAACCUUCCAACGAAUUUUUCUACCUAAGGAACAUGAUGGGAGAUAUAGUUCCAGCGGAUACAGGAGUCGAAGGCGGACAGCAGAAAAGUGAAAAAGAAUUGGAUCCAUAUGAAUUAACGGAAGACUAUGAUUAUGAAUACCAACGUUGGAAUGAUAAAACGAUGAAAGAGAAAAUUCAGGCAGUUAUCAUCGGAACAACCAAACUAAUAGUUGUGCUCGGAUGUCUUUACCUCUUCAUUUGUUCUUUGGGUUUGAUGGGGUCGGCUUUUCAAGUUUUAGCUGGAAAAACGGCCGGUGACAUUUUCACGAAAAACGAGAUUCUUUCCAACCCAGUAACAGGGUUAAUUAUCGGAAUCUUGGUAACUGUUCUAGUUCAAAGUUCAUCGACUUCGACAUCAAUUUUUAUCACGAUGACGUCAGUGGAUUUGAUCAGCGUUAGGAGUGGAGUUCCCCUUAUAAUGGGAGCCAACAUUGGCACGUCUGUCACAAAUACCAUUGUGUCGCUCACUCAGUCGGCCGAUCGAGAAGAAUUUCGAAGGUCAUUCGCAGGAGCUACAAUUCAUGAUAUUUUCAAUCUGUUGUGUGUUUUAGUUCUUCUGCCGAUUGAACUUAUUUUUCAUUAUCUUGAAAAACUAACUGGUGCAAUUUUGUAUGGAUUUACAAUUGAAACAGGACAGAAACCACCAGAUUUGUUGAAGGUUCUCACAAAACCUCUGACUUCGAAGAUUAUUUCCGUGAAUAAAACAGUCAUCACAUAUGCUGCGUUAGAUCAAUAUUUGGAACCAGACAGCAGUAUGGUAAAGAUUUGGUGUGAACGAGAUGAUGCAAUAAUUUACCGAAACGAGAGCGUGAAGUAUUUUAACGAUACUGGAAUGAGAAUAAUGGAUAAUGAAACCGAUCUCAUUGGAAACAGAAGUGUUUAUUCUUUAACCGAAGAAGUUGAGCAUAAAAUCAAAGUCGGAACCAGAUUGUGUGACAUGGACGACUUCCUCUUUGCAAACACCGGGAUAACUGACGCUGGGGUUGGAGCUAUUCUUCUUAUAAUAUCAUUAGUUGCCAUGUGUAUAUGCCUCACUGGAAUGGUCAAACUACUAUCAUCGAUGCUCAAAGGAAACAUUGCACGGAUAAUCAAAAAAGUUAUAAACACGAACUUCCCGUAUCCAUUCGGAUGGUUGACUGGUUACUUGGCAAUACUUGUCGGUGCUGGUCUUACAUUUCUGGUGCAAAGCAGCUCAGUGUUCACUUCAACAAUAACUCCUCUAGUUGGAAUAGGAGUCAUUAGUUUAAAACGGAUGCUUCCUUUGACACUGGGAUCAAACAUCGGCACAACUACCACUGGUCUGCUCGCCGCACUUGCGUCGUCGGGAAACAAGCUUCAUCAUGCGUUACAGUUAUCGUUGUGCCAUUUCUUUUUUAACAUCACCGGGAUUUUGAUCUGGUACCCCAUACCGCACAUGCGUAACAUACCUAUCAAAGGUGCAAAAGCACUCGGUAACAAAACAGCGAAACAUCGCUGGUUCGCUGUCGUUUAUUUAAUUUUUGUUUUCUUUCUUAUUCCCACUCUCGUCUUGGGAUUGUCAAUCGCGGACGAAUGGGCUUUGUGGGGAUUUCUCAUUGCAGUAGCGCUUGUAUUAAUACCAGUAAUCAUACUUUCAAUACUGCAAUCCAAGAUACCAAAAAGGCUGCCGGAAAAAUUAAGAACUUGGGAGUUCCUACCGCUAUGGAUGCACUCGCUCAAGCCAUACAGUAGUUUGUUUGGUAACUGUUGCUCUUGUCGAAAAAAUAAGAGAAGAACCAGCAAUCAAAUGAAAAAAGAAGUGAAUGGCUUAAAUCAUGAACACGAUUCACCCGAGUUCACAGGAAUGGACAAUAUUGCUUACGAAAAUGAAAAUACUUCUCUUUAAAUUCCUUUGUUCUUUGCUCAAUAAAAUUGCAGUGAUAACUUAAUCAUGCUAUCAAAAUACAAAUGCACUAACACAUUCGUUACUAUGUUGUAAAGAUUUAAUAGCUACAAACAAUAUAUAUAUAUAUAUACACAAUACUAUUAUUUGUUAUUGCACCAUAAGAAUGACACGAAGAACUUAUUGCAUGAUUGAUUAUCAGCAAAAUUAGAUUUAACUCGAUUGAGUAGUAUUUUUCCAUAAUCUGAAGUAGCCUAGAUUCUGUGUUGAUUGCAACGAGGACUGUUCUAGGAAGUUUGGCUAUAAGUUGAUGCUGUAUAAAGUCUUGCGAUGUAUUCACUAUUCAGUAGUAAUUUACUAUUGAUCAUGCAUUUUGAAAGAUUUUCGUCGUUGUAUAUCUUGAAAAAUACUCAAAUUAGAGGAAUUAAAGGAUGAAUUGACUGUCUUAUUGAUAGUUAGCCAAACGUUCCUUUUAUAAUAUAUAUAUAUAAAUAAACUGUAUUGGCGCGACUACAGUAUUUAUGAACGUAAAGAAUAUGAAUUUAAUUUAAGUAUUAUAUAAAAAAAGCGUUUGAUGUGUUCAAAGUGGACUGACUUUAAAUACAGACCAGAAAAAUCACUGGACCAAAACUGAAGAAUUCUGGUUUGGGUGACAAAAAUUGAAUAUUGCCAAUAUUCAAAAGCGGAUAUGCCAUUUGAAAUUCGAAGCUUUCCUCUCUACUAUAGGUAUUUACAUUGAAAAGAAGCAAAAUCCGGAAGGUUUGCUGCACUUGGAAUUGCUGACGUCAACAUCUAUAUUUUAUCCACCAGACGGUGAAAUAUAUGAUAACCAAAAUGUUUCUAUUAUAAAGACCAUGGUUGCAUAAUACAUAUUAAUUUAUGUAAAGCUGAGGAAACGAAAGAUUUCUCCGAACACGAUUCCGGUAUGAAACUAAUACAUCAGUUUUCGAAAAUUGAUAGUAAGUAUUCAUCAUUUACUUGUGAGCUUGCAUAUACUGUACAAUAUAUGCCAAAUUUUCCAUUAGUUCCAAUCGUACAUUUCAGGUUUAUUUGACCUCUGGUAAGGACCGUGUUGCAUGUGUAUUGAUGUACUUUUGUAACAUAUUGACGUCUAAAUAAAUUAAUCGGUGCCAUA